CCAAAUUUUGUUUGGAGAAGUCUAUCGUUCCCCAAGGUGUACCUUCGUGAUACCCGGGCAGUCAAAUAUUUAGAAUAUGCUAUGGGCUUUUCUCCACCAGCCCACUAAAGGCUCGGGACAAUGCAAGCGCUUUUGGGAUCCACGCUUUGCGAGACAGUAAGUCCUUUCGAUGCCUUCAAACCCUUCAUGUCCCGGAACGCACCCAGCGUUACGCUACUGUGGGCUCCCAGGUGGUUCAAAAGAGUUUUAAGGCUAUUCAAAAGCCUUGAGGCCAUUCUAAAAGAGUCUAAGACCUUUAAAGCUUCUACGAAGACAUUCCCGAACACAGACUUCGAUUGCGAAAACUUCUGCUUGGAAUACGGUUUAGUCCAAGUGCACCUGCCACAGUACUCCCAUCGUCCAUCUUCGAUCCGUCGGUAUACCAUAUUUACCUGGGACCCUUCAUCAAUCAUAGUUAUUAUCACUUCACAGCACACCCUUUCAGGAAGUCUGACCUUGUAGGGUUUAUAGGAGGAUAACUCGGGAUCAUCCAUAAAUGGCUGGAGAACAUCCAAAUAAUGCCGAAGAUCUCCACUAUUCGUGCUGAUCGCAGUGGGCAGCCGUAGGGCGCUCCAGCAGGCUUUCAAUCAGAAUAGACAGAGUAGGAAUGCCUGUAAUCAUAUCAAGGGCAUCCUUAGAACAGGUGCGUAUAGCUCAUGUGAUGGCCACGCGGACCAGUCGAUGCAGCUUGCUCAAGGUGGCACCCGCGUUUACUUGAUUAUCUUUUGGCCAUCAAGCCAGUACCACAUCUAUAACAACGGGUUUUACUACCGUAUCGAAAGAACAAUACAUUAGUUUUGGGUGAUAUUCCCUAAGUCUUACCAUAAAGUCUCUGACCGGUAUAAAACGCCCUUGUAGUCCAUGAUUCAAUAAUAAUUAUUAAAUCAUGCUUGUAGUCUGGUUGAUGACAUUGCAGAGAUGUGAGCUCCAAUUGAGAGGAUGUUUUCAGAUACAUAUUUUCUAUUCUUCGCAAACAAUUAUUAUUGUCACGGAACCUACCAAAAUGCAAUCUAGCCUACUAACCUACCAAAUGGAAAUAAACCUACCAGGUUUGGUAGGAAAAGUGGAUGUGUGGCAACACUGGCCGACGGCCAAACCAACUAGCAUUCACCCAUUUCGAGUAUACCAGGCAGCCCACUUUUUUGCUUCUUUCUUUCGGCAGAUACAAGAGCGCCAAGAGUUCACCCGGCCGUUCAGUAGUUCGUGAAAAGCCAAUGUGAACGCUUGUUUGUUCCAACGCAGCAAAAGCAGCCAAGUAUUGUGCAAGGAGUGCAAUUGAAGCGUGUGCUUAGCAAAUUGGGGAAAAAAUAAAUUUUUUUGAAGAGAAAAAACUCGAUUAAAUUUCAAGAGAAAUACCAGAUUUGUGAAAUAGUUAAAAUUCAUAGAGUUAAAAGUGACACAAAAGUAAGCGAAAGACAACUGAUAGAGUUGUGCAAACUGGUGUUUGCGAACACAGAAAAAAGAAGAAAAAAAUUAGGAAAAGUCAAACUCGCUGAAGACAGUAGAAAUCGGAAAAUAGAAAAAAUCUUCCCACACACUUUUUGACAGUUUUUCCUUUGUAUAAAAGUAAAAAACUAAAAGCAGCAAAAGCUAUUCUCAAAGUCCGUUUUUGCUGGACCCAAGUGUUGUGUGAAAAAAUAAUGAUUAAUAGGUCAUCUUCAAUAAAAAAUUUGUGGUUGUUCAAAAACUCCCAUUUAAAUGCGUUACUGGUUGAUGGAUUUGUGAGUAAACGUGGUAAGGCGACUGCUUUAAAUUUGGCCGAUAAUUUGGAUGAAUCAACGAAUGGCAACGGUGUUAACGGCAAGAAAAAUAGCAAAGCGUCGCCAGCAAUAAACGGCAGUGCUAAUAGCAGCAGCAGCAGCAGCAACAACGACAACACCCCCACCGACAUUAGUGACAACAACAAUUCGGCAAGCAGCAGCGCCACCAACUUAACGGAGGCAAAACAGCAAACGUUCUACAAUAAAAAUGUCUGGUUGGAUGAUCGUUCGAAGUAUGGGCACACCGGUAAAGAGCUGCAGGAUAAAAUUGCCGCUGAGAGACGCCUACGCGCCGAACCAUUGUUGAAUCUGGUGUUUGCCAAUCGGAAAUUGUCCUUCUACGAUACCAGCCACACACCCGGUAGAGAUGACGGCAUACGGCGAGCUACUCAAACAAGACAACAAGCCAAAUGCACAAACGAAUAUGAACUAAAGACGAAAGAGAAUACGAGAACGAUUACUUAGACGAAUACAAAGCCCAUUACGAGUAGAAAAGGAAUAUGAGGACGAGUAAAGAUAUAAAUUCGAAGACGAAUACAACGACAAAGACGAAAAGCAAUACGAAUACGAAAACGAAAAUGGAGGCGAAUACGAGGACGGAUAGGAAGACGACGGUGAAGGACAAUACGAAAUUCAAAAACGAAUACGAAUACAAAGACGAAUGCUCAGACGAAAAGUUACACUAAAGCGAAUAAGAAAAUGAAAACUAGGACGAAUGCGAAUGCGAUUACGUUUACGAAAGUGAAGACGGAGAUGAAUACGAAUACAUGCAAAAAGUCCAAUAUGAAGAUGAAGAAUAAAGCGCUGAUUAUACUUACA